CCCGAGGCUGCAAACUCUCCGUUGUAAAUUGUCUCGAGGUUAGAACCGGACAGAAGUAAGAGGCCAUUGAAGGAAAAGAGUUGAGGGAGAAAGGAUGGCAAGAUCCAUUGCUUUUAUUGCCAUUGCCUCCAUUUGUUGUUUGUCGCUGGUUAGAUUGGCCAGCUGCUCGGAUUUCAUCGUCACAGGCCGAGUCUACUGCGACACUUGCCGAGCCGGGUUCGAGACGAACCUGACCACUUACAUCUCUGGUGUGCCUCUCAAAAUUGAAUGCGAAGAUCGCGAAGGCGACCAUCCUAAGGUGGUCAUAGAUGGAGUAACAGAUGAAACAGGAACUUACCAGAUUCCGGUGGCCGGCGAGCAUGAAGAUGAUAUCUGUGAGGUGAUGGUAACAGAAAGCCCCAUGGCUGACUGCAACGAGCUCUCACCUAACCGCAACCGGGCCCGAGUCCUCCUGGCCAAGAACAGUGGCAUGCCUUCCCGCCUGCGCUACGCGAACUCUAUUGGUUUCUUGAAGAAGGAACCCCUCCCCGAAUGCGGACCCUUGCUCCAGGAGUUACUUGCAGAGUGAGAAAAUCCAGGAUUUUUGGAAAACCCAGAUAAUCCCAGAAAUAAGCGGGUUUUCGUGUUUUUUUUUUUUCAGAUUCUCCCCAAUGUUGGUUACUGUUUAGGAAAUGAUAACCUAUAGGGGUUACAGUUUUUGUGAUGUUUUUGGUCUCUUAUGUUGGAUCCUUUGUGGUGAUUUAGUUGUUUCUAUGUCUGAUAGAAAGACAGAAAUAAAGAACUUCCAUGGCAUGGCCUGCCUUGAUAAGGCUUUUU